AUGGAGCCCACUGCAGUGUCCUCCGUGAUCAUAGUCCUGCUAACAGUGUCUGGCAGUGUUGUCCCUGGUGCUGCUUAUGAAGGCAGAAUUCAUUUAGACGCAUUCACUGGUUCAUUUCAGCUGAGGGAUCUGACUGUGAGUGACAGUGGAGAGUAUGUCCUGACUGUGAGGAUAAGUGGUACAGAUACAAUACACAGAACUACACUACAUGUGUUUGAGAGAGUAUCUGGAGUUUCCCUCACUGGUCCAACAGAACCCCUAAUAGAAGAUCAAAGUUCUGCUGUUUUAACCUGUGAGGGAACUGGCUCCAUCAUCACCACAGAAUGGAUGAAGGAUGGUCAACCUCUGUCUCCUAGCGACAGCAUCAUCUUCUCUGCUGAUCUGAGAUCAGUGUCCAUCUGUCCAGUGAGGAGAUCAGACAGUGGAGAAUACCAGUGUAGACUCAGUAACCCUGUCAGCUCUGACACUGCAACCUACACAAUGACUGUCAACUAUGGACCAGAGAAUGUUUCCAUCAGUGGCCCGAAUGAGGUGGAGGUGGGGUCAAAGGUGACUCUGACGUGCUCUGCUGAGUCCACACCUCCUGCCUCCUUCAUCUGGAUGUUGAAUGGAAGAGAAACAGGAGAAACUACAGCCUCAUAUUCCAUAGAGAAGAUUGACUCCACACACAGUGGGAAUUACACCUGCACAGCCUGGAACAGUGUCACCUCACUCAACACAACGGUUCACCAUCUUUUAACAAUUAAAGUUUGGGGGUCUCUUAGUGGAGGAGGACGGGGUCUCUCUGGAGGAGCCAUUGCUGGAAUCAUUAUUGGGGUGAUAGUUGUAAUAGGAGGAGUCGCUGGUUUGGUGUUUUACUUUGAAAAAUGGAGGGAUCGUAGAGGAAAAGAAUCACAUAAUAAUCUUUAUGAGGUUCCUGACCGACAGCCCAGUGGAACAGAGACAACUGGGCCAUAUGAAGAGGAAGGUUCAUCUGUGCUGGGAAUGAUUUCCAUUUUAUUUGAAGUGCCUUCCAACAACAAACAGUAG